CAUUUUCUUUAUUAUGAUAAUGUAAUGUAAUUUGAUUGUUCUCAUUUUUCCACAACCAGGAACACACUGGAUGAUUGAAAUGGUCAGUCUGAUUGUCUCCAAAGGGGACCCUACUUGGGUCCAAACUGUCAAAAAUUUUGUCAGGUGUCCAGGGCUUGAGUCUAAAGAUGAGCAGAAACUGUUGCUAGACCAGGCUGGACCACGUCUCAUGCUUACACAUCUUCCCAUACAACUGUUUCCCAAGUCUUACUUCACAUCCAGUGCUAAGGUUAUCUAUGUCAUCAGGAAUCCAAGAGAUGUUGUUAUAUCUUCCUAUCAUAUAAUUAAUGAUUUUAACCUUUUGAACAAUCAAGAGACUUUUGAUGAAUAUCUUCAUGCAUUUAUCCAAGGUGACGGUGAGUGGAAUCUGGACCACCAAUUUUAUAUUUUGAAAUCAAGGCAAGACCAGAGAUCUGUGUUACAUGUUUAAAAGCUAAAUCUAUGG